AUGAUCAGGCAAUUGGAUAUUUCCACGUUUUAUAUAACGUUAACAGCGGCAGACGCUCGCUGGCCCGAAUUAAUUUCCGUUCUUGGUAAGGUAUUAUAUCAAAAAUUGUAUUCCGACAUCGAAGUUAGCGAAAUGUCAUCGGCGGCGAGGACGCCUCUCAUCCAAAGCGAUCCGGUAACCGUUGUUCGCUAUUUCGAUAAUCGCAUUCGUCUAUUGAUGGCUGAAAUGCGAAAAUGUGACUUCUUCAAGUCAUCCGUCGAUUCAAUUCCCUCCUCCCAUUCCGAUAAUGAAGAUUCUUCUUCUCAAAAUAACACCUCCGAUCCCGUUGACGCACCUUUUGCUAAUAAAUUUACAAAUCGUCCAGUAAACGUCGUUUAUCCCUUAGUAGAUUAUUAUUAUCGUGUCGAAUUUCAGCAUCGGGGAGCACCGUAUAUCCACGGUGUUUUGUGGCUCGAAGGAGCACCGGUGUCUGAUGGCACGAAUGGCAUAGACUGCUCGAGGUUCAUCGAUAAUUUCGUGAGCGCUUCGGCGUCGGGUGAAGGUAUCAGAUAUGCCACCAAUGUGGAAAUGUUGACGGCAUAUCAGACAUAA